UCCUCCACUCCUCCGUCGCCAUUCUCAAUGCCGUCGUGCUGGUGAGCUAGUGAGGGGCGGCGUGGCAGCAGGAUCCCGACGCUGCCGCGAUGUUAUGGAUCCCGGCGUUGCCGUGAUGCCUGCCCCCGUGCUCUCGCCCACCGCUGCUCUACCAGCCGCAGCCACUCGCGCGUGUGUGUCGUGCUAGUGUGUUGCUUGCUACUGGCGCUCGCGGCACCGUCGGUAGCGGCGGUGGCGCGGCAUGACUACAACGAAGGAUUUGGGGAUUUUUGUGCUGUCCAUGGCACUACUGUUGCGGAGGGGCUUGUUUGUAAAAUUGGUGCUUGUGUGGCGUGCCACGUCGGCAGUCAGAGCCGGUAAAGUGGGGUUUGGACCUCAAUAAGUCACUUAAACAAGAUGGUGGACAUAUAUGUGCAAUUUACAAUAUUAUAAACCUAAGUGACACCCGCGCUCAACUUUAAGUAUCGGCUAUGUAUUUUACUCUUUAUGAAACAAUAGAUCAAUUCCUACUGAGUAUAUAUUAAUACGUUUAAACAAAUAAGAACAGAGUUCAGUGAAAUCCUACUAGUUUUAUAUUAUUAAUAAGUUGAAAUAAAAACAGAGUUCGGAGGAGUCAAGGAACUGAAAAGCAGAAAAGAAAAAAAAAACAAAAAUUGAUGCUACAAGGAUUCUAGCUGUUCUAUAAUCCAAGAUGAAUGUCCCACCAUGGAUAACCAUGGCGAAUUCAUUCUUGCACUGAUUUCUGCAUUAUGCUCCAUGAAUAGUAUAAUUAUCUCCAUACAGAAUUGGACAGGAAGGGAGUAGUAUUUUACUAUUUCUAAAUGAUGCAAUGACAAAUAUUUCCAGGUUGUUCAAAUAUUUUUGUUGCAUCAGUAAUACUUAUGUAACAUCAUAAAUUUAAAAAUUGUUAACAGAGCUGUUCGGAAAUAAGUGCUCAAGGCAGUGAUCUUUUUGUCAUUUGUGACCUUAGAGAUUGGGUUGAUUUUGAUACAUCUUCCUGAGGCAGGUAAUAAAUGGCAACGCAAGGUAAACAGUGCAACACUCUAGAAGAUUUGCUAUUCGAUGACAUAGGAGACCCAUUGCCUAUUAAGCUAUCAGUACUGCAAAGCAUCACAAAUGACUUCUCGGAAGAGCAGAUUAUUGGAAGUGGUGGCUUCGGAAUAGUUUAUAAGGGAGUGCUUGGAGAUGAGCUUGUUGCGGUGAAGAAGCUUUACUCAUUUCAUGCAAUUAAAGACGAACCAUUUCAACGCGAGGUUGAUUGUCUCAUGAGGAUUAGGCACUGCAAUAUAGUAUGGUUUGUUGGGUACUGUGCUGAAACAUCUACAAAUGUGGUACGAAAAGGAAGGGAAAAUAUGUUUGUGGAUUCGAAAGAAAAGUUGCUUUGCUUCGAGUAUCUACGUAAUGGAAGCCUUCGCAGUCAUCUUGAUACUGCCGGAUCUUGUGUGCUUCAAUGGCAGAUUUGUUACCAAAUAAUCAAAGGUAUUUGCCUGGGUUUGCACUAUCUGCAUGAGAGGAAGAUAAUUCAUCUAGAUCUCAAACCAGAUAACGUACUGCUCGAUGACAGUAUGGUGCCUAAAAUUGCGGAUUUUGGUUUGUCAAGGCUCUUGAGUGAAGAAAAAAGCCGCAUGGUCACUGAGAGAAUUUUUGGAACAAGGAGAUACAUGGCACCCGAAUACUUAGUUAAUGGAGAUAUCACAGUCAAGUCAGAUAUAUACAGCUUGGGUUUGAUAAUCAGAGAGAUGGUGAUGGGUCCUAAUAAUGAAGGAACAACGACAGAAAAUGUACUAGAAAUCUGGAGGCAUAGGUUGGAACAGGAUUCAUCAAAGAUGAGGCAGACGCCAAUCGAAAUGCGUUACCGGCAAAUAAUAGAAGCGUGCAUUGAGAUAUCAGAGACAUGCAUAGCGGGUAAACCAGAUAAGAGGCCAACCACAGGGGAUAUCCUUCGUCGGCUUGAGAAAGAGGAAGCAGGGAAUUGGUCUAUCGUCCCAGUUACUCCAGUUGUAGAUUGGAUAAGCUCGCUAUCCAGGUUGAUGGAGAGCAUAAAGCGAAUGGCUGUAACUUCACCCGAACCGCGAACAAUUCGAGGUGAGGAGUCCAAAGCGUUGCAAUUGCAACCUGGGCCUUCUCAGCCAGGGGACAGGAGACCAGCUGAUAAGAGUUUUUGGUUGGAUGCUACAAGCAACGCCAAGUGCUACAUGCUAUCAUCGAGAUUAUUAAAGGUUACAUGGGGAGAAAGCCCCGAGCACUGGAAAUGGAUCACCCUCCCCGAUUCUAGGUUUGCCGAAUGCGCGGAGCUCCUAAACGUGUACUGGCUGGCGGUGAUUGGGGAGAUCGCAACGGAGGACCUGACGCCGGGUACUCGCUACGCGGUGUACCUGGUGUACAAGCUGACGGGCACCUCCGUCGGCCUGAGAGGUGGCCAGACGCAGAGGUCAUCGCUCAGGCUCUACGGCGAGAUCACCGUCUCCACCGGCAAGGUCAGCGUCGACGUCGUCCCUGCAGCGGCGCGCGGAAUGGCCGCCGGCGUGGCCUAUCCUGUGGCCAGGGGAGACGGCUGGAUGGAGCUCAAGCUGGCCGAGUUUGCUGCCGACGAGAAGCUGCUCGGUGAGAAGAAGGUGAUAGUGGACUUCCGCGAGGAGAACGACCAUGUCAAGAAGAGUGGUCUUGUUAUAGAGGGCAUGGAGUUCAGGCCCAACAAGUGAAGCUCGCAAAAGGCUCAACAUUUUGUUCCACAAGAACAAUUUCUAGUAUCCUAACUAUUCUCAGCACAUAAAAUGACAAGUUUUAUCUCUUUAA